UUACUAGGUAUGGUAAUUUCGACCUGACCCGUUUUACCCGACCUGUUUGGCUUAUUUUGGGAGCGGAGUUGGCAUGGGUACCUCUCGUCGACCCGACCUGCCCUGACUCGCCCUAUUCUCGACCUGUUGUUGUCUAAAUUACAUGUAAUCUUAGUCAAAUUACUUAGAAUUUUCCUCAUAUUUUAGAUAUAAUAAAGUUGUAAAUAAGUGAAAACCUCAAUUUCUCCAAUAUUUUUACUACCUUUUAUCAUAUUAUGGUUUAUUUCUUGGUCUUUUAAUGAAAAUAAUGAACAUUUUUAAAGUUUUUCACAUAAAUUACAUAUCCGUUGGAUCGACCUGCCAUGACCCACGCCCCAUGAUAAAUUAUCCGACCUGGACCUGACCUGCCACGAGACGAAUAUGAAUAUCAAGAUACCCGACCUAGACCUCCCCAUUGCCAUUCCUAACCAUUACCCAUUAAUCAACCAUUUAUGUCCUCUUCUUCUUUUCUCUUCACCUCUGCCCAACUUUUGAUCUUUUGGGAAUCUGAUUCUUCGUGUUAUUACUACAGAAAUAAUUGGUACAUAUAUACUCAUGAUUAGUACAAUCCUUCCACACCACGGCAAAAAUAAAUUAAAUCUUCAAUAGCGACCCUCUCCCUCUUCUUCUUCUCCUUCUUCUUCUCCAUCUUCUUCCUUUCCUUGGCCUCUCGUGGGGUUGGCUCCUUUUAUAACACAGUUACAGUACCUCCUUCCUUUCCAUCCCAAAGUUUCAAACUUUCCGUUAUUGAAUAUCACAUUUAAACAAACAAUAAAAUACAAAAAAAUCCCUCUCAGUCUCAUCUCAUCUCCCCCUACCUCCAUAACCUCUGCAUCUCCACAGCGCCCCCUGUUUCUUUGUCCUCUUCCUUCAGAUUUGUUCACGAGGCCCCUCUCUCUCUCCCUCUCCCACAAUCCCUUUCUUUAAUUUGUUCAGUUUCCCCUUCGUCUUUUCAAAAAAAUUGCCGCUUUCCCCUCCACUUUCUGCUACUUCUCUCUCAGCUGUUACAAAAAUAUUUAACCAGCCUUCCUCUGGUUCGUUCUUUCUUUCCAACUCCCCAAAACGGCUUCCCUUUUCCUCCCUCUUUCAAGGUUCCACUUUUGACCCUUUUCCCCUCUCUAUGUAAGUAACCCGCUUUCUUUCUGGGUUCACUGAUUCAUUCUCUCUUUGUCUCUGUUUCUCCUUUCCUUCUUCCUCUCCCCUGUUUUUUUCUCUUCUAGUAGAGAGGGGCAAGAAAUUGAGAGAAAAUGGGUAAAGCUGCUAGGUGGAUCAAGAACUUGUUUGGGAUAAAACCAACAACCAGAGGGAGUAAAGAUAGCGAUGAGGGGAAAGAGAAGCGAACUGGGUGUGGCGGAUUCGGGCAUUCUGUGAAGGAUUCAGGGGAACCGUUGUGUCGAAAUCCGGCCACCAUCCCACCGAACAUUUCUCCGGCGGAAGCCGCGUGGUUGAAGUCUUAUUACUCUCAGACGGAGAAGGAGCAGAGCAAGCACGCCAUCGCGGUUGCUGCUGCCACCGCUGCCGCGGCGGAUGCAGCGGUCGCGGCUGCUCAGGCUGCCGUCGCUGUGGUCCGGCUCACUAGCCACGGCAGGGGCACGAUGUUCGGCGGCGGCAGCCACGAGCGGUGGGCUGCUGUCAGGAUUCAAACCGUUUUUAGAGGUUAUUUGUCGAGAAAGGCUUUGAGAGCUUUGAAGGGAUUGGUGAAAUUGCAAGCGCAUGUGAGAGGUUAUUUAGUGAGGAAACAAGCGACGGCAACUCUUCACAGUAUGCAAGCUUUAAUCAGGGCACAAGCCGCUGUUAGGUCUCAGAGAGCUGCUGCGCGGAAUCGAUUAGAAAUUCGAGCUCGGAAAUCAAUGGAGAGAUUUGACGAGAUGAGAAGCGACCAUUCAGCUUCAGUCCACCACAGUCGGAGGCUCUCUGCUCCUCUAGACGGCGGAAUGAUAAUCGACGCCGGCAGCAAUCUCGCUGUCGCCGAUGAAACGCCGAAGAUUGUGGAGAUGGAUACAGGGAGCAGGCCCAGGUCGCGAUCUCGACGAUGUACAAACAUCUCGCCUUCCUCUGUUCCCGAUUUCGGCGACGACCCGCCGCCGCCGGUGUUUGUGCACUACCCUACCACUGUGUCUUCUCCGCUGCCGUCGCGGGUGCCUCACCGGCUUUCGAUCCCCGACCACCGGAACUUCCACGACUACCCAUCUUCCGACUGGGGGCUGACCGGCGACGAGUGCAGAUUCUCCACGGCCCACAGCACCCCUCGGUUUCUGAACCCGGGGGCAGGGUGCUGCGGCGGGGGCGACGGGGGAGUCAACAACGCGCCUGCUCCCUUGACUCCGGCGAAGAGCAUCUGCGGUGGGGAGAAUUUCUUCCGGUCGCCGUACGGCGGCUACCACCCAAACUACAUGGCGAACACGCAGUCGUUCAGGGCGAAAUCGAGGUCCUACAGCGCGCCGAAGCAGAGGCCGGAGCCGGUGUCGGCAGGAACGCCGACGGCGGGGAAAAAGAGAGUGUCUUUGAACGAAUUGCUGGAGUCGAGGAGCAGCUUGAGCGGGGUGAGGAUGCAGAGGUCGUGUUCAAAAGCUCAGGACGCCAUUAAUUUCAAGAAUGCGGUGAUGGGGAAGCUUGAUCGGUCGUCGGAUUUCGGCAGGGAAAGGGAGGUUUUGCAAUUACAGCAGAGAUGGUAACAAUUUGCAGAAGGAAACCCAAUUAAGGAGAUUUGAUUAUAUGAUUGUUAAUUAGGGUUAUGGUGAUGGUGGAUUAACAAAGGAGAAAACUGUAACGGUCACCUGAUUAGUGAUUGAAUAGAGUUUUAUAUAAAUCUUCCCCAUUAAUGUUGGAGCUGCAUCCUACAAAUAUCACAAUGAGAUGCAGAUUGUAGAAUUGUUAAUGUUCAUCAAUGGGAGAAAGAAGAAACUUGCUUCGGACUUUCUUUAUUAAUCCUAGUUUAAGCAAGGCUUCUAGUUAAAUUGCAAAAUUUUGUAACUUAAAGUUACUGAGAUUACAAUAUCGUACCUAAUUGACAGAUAUCAAGUCGACCUUUCCAUUCAAAAUUCACUUAUAAUUGAGCAUAUCAAACUUUAAACUCGUUUAUUUUCUUGAUUCUAGAAACCAUAUUACUCCUAAAACUAAAGGGAAGUACGACUCAAACCCAACACCUUAAAUUACUAAAUUUUUUGUAGUACCAUGGACUAAACCAACAUUUUAAAUUGAGGUAGCAACUUGAAAUAGGCCCUUCAUAAGUGGGUUCAGUCCAGUAGAGAGAGGAAGAAUAAGCGUAGAAUCCACAAGACUUGAACCCAAAUUAGCUGAUAAUGUUCUAGCUCAACAUAUACAAGGGAUGAAAUCCAUAAGACUCGAACUCAAUGCCUUGAAGUUACAAUAUCGUUGUGGUACCGUCAGAGUAGAAUCCAACGUUCUCAUAUCUGCUCUGAAUUUAGAAAGUUAUCAAUUUGAGAUUAAUCAAUUGCUUGAUUAAUUGUUUGUUAACAAUAUAUACACACAAAUGGAGGGAAACCUUUGGAUCUAUGUGGAUUCAAAUUUUGCACAAUGUGAUGUAUAUGUAAGGUAAGGCCAAGUCAAUAUGAGUAUGAUGUUCAUUUGAAGUAGAGAGAGCAAUUGGAUUCAAAAAUACAAAAAUAAAUAGAUGAGGUGACUGAAGCAAAAACCAAUGAUGCCUCUUCCAUGUGGCCACCUCAAGUUUUGCUCUCUCCCUAUCCCACUAUUACUACAUAUGGGUUAUUAUGCAAAAAUUGGUUAUUUCCUUGGAGCAAAUGUGUUGCACAUGUGAUUGCACUCAACUUCCAAUUUGGUAUCAUGUCGAUAGGCAUUCUAGGUACCCGUAUGCACGAGAUCAUGUUGUUCGAUCGCUCAUUCUCGUGUUUUCAGUUAUCAAAUUACUAUGUAAAUUAUGUUAAUAAUAAUAAUAUUAUUAUAUCAAUUUAAUGGCUCUAGAUCACAAAAUAAAGAACGAUCUAAUGUGUGGAAUUUGCUCUCCCUACUUGGUUUCUUGGGAUUUUGUAAGACACCCCAUUCUCCAAAUUCUUAAUGCUUCUAUAGUUGGGUUGUUGUUAAUUCCCCAAUCUUCAUUCCUCAAUUAUUGUGAAAGACAAACAUUUGCCAUAAAACAGAACAUGGGAAAGGAAUUGCUGAUUUUGGAUUUUUCUCAUGAAAGUUUUCAUAAACAAACACUCUAUUAUUAUGAGCCCAACGUACGAGGUGAUCCUAAUUACUAGGUUGUUCAAAUAGUUGGACUUUGAUUGCAAUUAGUUUAAUUAACUCUAAUUUUUGAA